AUGGUUUUCACGGUAGAGAUGGCAUCGAACUCGUCAUUUUCUUCUCUUCUGGCGGAAUUCUGCAACAUGGAGCAGUUUGAACCAGAGGCGCCCCGGGAAGAUGUUUUGCAGCAUGGAGAAGAGAUGCAGGAUGUGAUGAUGGCCUCUAUGCAGCAAGAGGAUGCCUCUCAGGAAACCGGACAGCCUUGUGAAAAGGUAGAGCAAGGGAGCAAUGGUGUAGAGGAGCGCACAAAUAAGGAGCCUCACGUCGAAUGCACACCGGUGAAGGAUGAGGGUGAGGGGACAUGGCAGGGACAAUGGGAGACGGUAUUUCCUAAGAGCAAGGCCGUCGCGAGAGAUCUGUGGUAUGGGGUGAAAGGCCUCGGACAGAGUCUGCUUCAAAGCUCACAUUCGAACUAUUCUAGUACAACGGAACAGCCUGCGCCUGCAAAGCGACGAGGAUGCCGUGGGGGGAGAAGACGGAAGAGCCGGAAAGAAUCAGAGGAAGACGAUUGGGUCGUUGUUGCGGACGAUUUCGACAUUUUGGUUUUCCUGGAUGAUUAG